UCGUUUGCUCGCUUUGCGCAUCGUUCAUCCCACUUCAAGCUUCUUCACUCCCUUCAUCCACUGCACGACAAAGACGCUAUUCAAGGCGCCGUCAGCAGCACUCGACAACUCAUCACUGAUCUACGCUUCAAUACACCGACAAUACGCACUCGACAGAUAUGGAUUUGCCAGCAACCAACGUCUCAAUGGUCCCCCAGGCACCCAAGGUGCCCAAGACUACGACUGAAAAAGAGAACACCCGACGCCUGAUUGUCGUCCUUGAGUCGGCCUGUCUGGAGACCUACAAGGUCGGCAAGGACAAGGAUGCCCGCUACCAGCUGCUAAACUGCGACGACCACCAGGGCAUUCUCAAGAAGAUGGGCAAGGAGGUCACUGACGCCCGUCCUGAUAUCACCCAUCAGUGCCUUCUCACCUUGCUGGACAGUCCCUUGAACAAGGCUGGUCUGUUGCAAGUCUAUAUCCACACCGCCAAGAAUGUUCUCAUUGAAGUGAACCCUCACGUCCGUAUCCCAAGAACAUUCAAGCGCUUCUCUGGAUUGAUGGUUCAAUUGCUCCACAAGCUGUCAAUUCGCUCUGUGAAUGGAUCCGAGAAGCUGCUUCGCGUUAUCAAGAACCCUAUCACAGACCACCUUCCUACCAAGUGCUUAAAGCUCGCAUUUUCUUACGAUGCGCCCGUUGUUGCCUUGAAGGACUUUUUGCCCACCAUCCCUGAGGACUACUCGAUUUGUGUUGCCAUUGGAGCGAUGGCCCAUGGAGAGGACAAUUUUGCCGAUCAUUAUGUGGACAAGAAGAUCGGUGUGUCCGGAUACCCUCUGUCGGCUUCAGUUGCAUGCGGAAAGCUUUGCUGCGGAGUCGAGGACCUCUGGGGGAUCGUCUAAAAGACGGUGAAUGAUCACGGACGAGCGCUUGAAAGAUUAUGGGAAGGGAACAGGAGGUUCAUUCAUUCUGAGGCGAUCAGUGAAUGUGCCAGGAACAAUGGGCUCUCUCAACCUACAGUUUCGAUACAGUUUCCUUUCUUUUCUUUUUC